CUCCUGGAAGUUGCGGGAGCGCGGGGAGCCGCGGCGGCGGGCCGCGCGCCCAUGGCUUUGAGCAAAGGGCUGCGGCUGCUCGGGCGGCUGGAGGCCUCGGGGGAGAGCAGCAUCCUGCUGGAGGCGCGCGGCCGCGGGGACUGCUUGCUCUUCGAGGCCGGCACGGUGGCCACGCUCGCUCCAGAAGAAAAGGAGGUCAUUAAAGGCCAGUAUGGAAAGCUCACUGAUGCUUAUGGCUGCCUGGGGGAGCUCAGGUUGAAGUCCGGUGGCACCUCCCUGAGCUUCCUGGUUUUGGUGACGGGCUGCACAUCUGUGGGCAGAAUUCCAGAGGCCGAAAUCUACAAAAUCACCGCCACCGACUUUUACCCACUUCAGGAAGAGGCCAAGGAGGAGGACCGCCUCACAGCCUUGAGGAGGAUCCUCAACUCGGGGGUCUUCUACUUCUCGUGGCCCAGCGAUGGGUCUUGCUUCGACCUCACUGUCCGGGCACAGAAGCAGGGCGAUGACAGCUCCGAGUGGGGCAACUCCUUCUUCUGGAACCAGCUGUUGCACGUGCCCCUGAGGCAGCACCAGGUGCGCUGCUGUGACUGGCUGCUGAAGGUCAUCUGCGGGGUGGUGGCCGUCCGCACGGUGUACGCCUCUCACAAGCAGGCCAAGGCCUGCCUCAUCUCCCGUAUCAGCUGCGAGCGCGCCGGCGCUCGCUUCCACACCCGAGGCGUGAACGACGACGGCCAUGUGUCCAACUUCGUGGAGACGGAGCAGACGAUUUACAUGGAUGAUGGCGUGUCGUCUUUUGUUCAGAUCAGAGGCUCCGUUCCGCUGUUUUGGGAGCAGCCAGGGCUUCAGGUGGGUUCCCAUCAUCUGAGACUCAACAGAGGCCUGGAAGCCAACGCCCCUGCUUUCGACAGGCACAUGGUGCUUCUCAAGGAGCAGUAUGGGAAGCAAGUGGUCGUGAACCUGCUGGGGAGCAGAGGCGGAGAGGAGGUACUCAACAGAGCCUUCAAGAAGCUGCUCUGGGCUUCUUGCCACGCCGGCGACACGCCUAUGAUCAACUUUGACUUCCAUCAGUUUGCCAAAGGCGGGAAGCUAGAGAAAUUGGAGAACCUGCUGAGGCCACAGUUGAAGCUGCACUGGGAUGACUUUGAUGUGUUCGCCAGGGGCGAGAAUGUAAGUCCACGUUUUCAGAAAGGCACUUUGCGGAUGAACUGUCUCGACUGCCUGGACCGAACCAACACGGUGCAGAGCUUCAUCGCCCUCGAGGUCCUCCCCCUGCAGCUUGAGAGCCUAGGGCUGAAUUCAAAGCCCAUUGCCGACCGCUUCGUGGAGUCCUUCAAAGCCAUGUGGUCUCUGAACGGGCACAGCCUGAGCAAGAUGUUCACGGGCAGCCGGGCCCUGGAAGGGAAGGCCAAGGUGGGGAAGCUGAAGGACGGGGCCCGGUCUGUGUCUCGCACAAUCCAGUCCAACUUCUUCGACGGGGUGAAGCAGGAGGCCAUCAAGCUGCUGCUGGUCGGGGACGUCUACGCUGAAGAGUCUGCGGACAAAGGAAGGAUGCUGCUGGACAACCAGGCCCUGCUGGUGACUCCCAGGAUCCUGCGAGCCAUGUCAGAGCGCCAGGCAGAGUUCACGAAUUUCAAGCCGGUGCGCGUUGCCGUGGGCACCUGGAAUGUGAAUGGCGGGAAGCAGUUCAGGAGCAACCUGCUGGGCACUGCCGAGCUGGCUGGCUGGCUGCUGGAUGCGCCCGUGUUUUCCGGAGUCUCUGGAUCCCAGGAUGACAGCAGCCCAGCUGACAUAUUUGCCGUGGGGUUUGAAGAGAUGGUGGAACUGAGCGCAGGGAAUAUCGUCAACGCCAGUACCACCAACAGGAAGAUGUGGGGUGAGCAGCUUCAGAAAGCCAUCUCACGCUCUCAUAGGUAUAUUCUCUUGACUUCGGCACAGCUGGUGGGCGUCUGUCUUUAUAUCUUUGUACGUCCGUACCACGUCCCCUUCAUCAGGGACGUGGCGAUUGACACAGUGAAGACGGGCAUGGGGGGAAAGGCGGGGAACAAGGGCGCCGUGGCCAUCCGCUUCCAGUUCCACGGCAGCAGCUUCUGCUUCGUGUGCAGCCACCUGACGGCCGGGCAGUCCCAGGUGAAGGAGAGGAACGAGGACUACAGGGAGAUCACCCAGAGGCUGAGCUUCCCGACGGGAAGAAACAUUUUUUCUCACGAUUAUGUGUUUUGGUGCGGCGAUUUCAACUACCGCAUUGAUCUCACGUACGAAGAAGUCUUCUAUUUUGUUAAACGCCAAGACUGGAAGAAGCUCCUGGAAUUUGAUCAGCUACAGCUACAGAAAUCAAGUGGAAAAAUUUUUAAAGACUUUCACGAAGGCACCAUUGACUUUGGACCCACCUACAAGUAUGACGUUGGCUCUGCUGCCUAUGACACAAGUGACAAAUGCCGCACCCCGGCCUGGACGGACAGGGUCCUGUGGUGGAGGAAGAGGCAUCCUUUUGACAGAACAGCUGGAGAACUCAACCUUCUAGACAACGAUCUGGACGCUGACACCAAAGUCAGACACGCCUGGUCUCCUGGUGCCCUCAAGUAUUACGGCCGAGCAGAGCUGCAAGCGUCUGACCACAGACCCGUGCUGGCCAUCGUGGAGGUGGAAGUGCAAGAAGUCGAUGUGGGUGCUCGGGACAGGGUGUUCCAGGAAGUGUCCUCUUUCCAGGGCCCCCGGGACGCCACUGUCGUCGUCAACCUUCAGUCGCCAACCUCCGAAGAGAAAAACGAGUUUCCCGAGGAUGUGCGCACGGAGCUCAUGCAGACCUUGGGCAGUUACGGGACGAUCCUGCUUGUCAGGAUCAACCAAGGGCAGAUGCUGGUGACUUUUGCAGACAGUCACUCGGCGCUCAGCGUCCUGGAUGUGGACGGAAUGAAGGUGAAAGGCAGAGCCGUGAAGAUUAGACCGAAGACCAAGGACUGGCUGAAAGGUUUGCAAGAGGAGAUCAUUGGAAAGCGGGACAGCGUGGCCUCUGUGUCCCCCACCGCCAACUCCUGUCUGCUGGAGGAAAACUUCGACUUCACGAGUCUGGAUUAUGAGUCAGAAGGGGAUAUUCUCGAAGACGACGAAGACUAUUUGGUGGAUGAACUGAGUCAGCCUGUGGUCUCAGAUAGUGAAGCGGGGGGAGACGAGCUCGCCGAUGCCCCCAGCUCCAUGGCAGUGGCGCCUCCAAGCCGGUCACCGGCACUCACCAAAAAGAAGCAGCAUCCAACCUACAGAGAUGAUGCUGAGCUGGUGGAGUUAAAGCAGGAGCUGGAAGCAGUUGGGGACUUCCGCCACCGCUCUCCAAGUCGGUCUCUGUCGGUUCCCAACAGGCCUCGGCCACCUCACCCACCGCAGAGACCCCCCCCUCCAACUGGUUUAAUGGUGAAAAAGUCAGCCUCGGAUGUGUCCAUCUCCUCUGGCACCCACGGGCAGUAUUCGAUUUUGCAGACAGCAAAACUUCUGCCAGGAGCACCUCAGCAAGCACCCAAAGCUAGGACUGGGAUAAGUAAGCCUUAUAACGUCAAGCAGAUCAAAACUACCAACGCUCAGGAGGCGGAAGCAGCAAUCCGAUGUCUCCUGGAAGCCAGAGGAGGCACCCCAGGAGAAGCCCUAAAUGCCACAGCCUUGAGGGACCAGGGACCUUCCAAACCAGAGCCCACAGCGGGGGUGGCCCCACUCCUGCCCCGUCGGCCCGCACCCAGAGUUCCUGCCAUCAAGAAGCCAGCCUUGAGGAGGACAGGAAAGCCCGCGUCACCGGAAGAACAGUUUGGGCAUCAGGCCGUACAUUUUACAAUCGGGCCCCCGGAGACGAGCCUUGACACCCCUCCUCUAGCGACAGUCCCUCCCGUUCCCAAACCGAGAACACUUCAGCCCGGGAAAGGUGCCGCCGCCGCCGCCGGGAAGCCAGCGCCGGACGAGGCCCCGACCGCGGCCGCCCCGCCCCCUCCGGAGGCCCCGCCCUUCGUGCCCCAGGUGCCCCCGCGGAGGAAGAAGGCGGCGCCGGCGGCCUUGCAUCUGCAGGGGCUGCAGAGCAACUGCCAGCUUCUCCAGGGGCCACCCUGCAGCAGCCCCAGCAGCGACUGUCCCCCCGCACCCCUGCCUGCUGGGGGCGCGCUCUUCCCCCAGCCGGCUUUCCUUGGCCCUUCAUCACCUGCAAGCCCUGAGGCCGAUGGCACCAAGGACACGAAGUCAGAGGCCGCCCCCCUCCUCGGCGAUUAUCAGGAUUAUCAGGAUCCCUUCUGGAGCCUUCUCCACCACCGUAACCUGUUGAAUACCUCCUGGCUUCCCAAGAGCCCUGACCCCCUGGACUCGGGGAACAGGAACCUCGGAAGAGCACACGCAGCCCCCCAGCAAGUCAGUGCCUCACCUGCCCAGGAGCUGCCACUGGAGCACAGACAAAACGACUUCGGUCCCUGGGUGACAACCAGUGACAAGGACAAGAGGACGGUGCUGCAGGUGUUUGACCCACUGGCGAAAACAUGACUGGGAAACUCCGACAGCAGCUCUCCCACAGGAUGUGUGCCUUCUCCCCCUGGCCUCACCUUAACAGGGGAAAGCCCAUUGGUCUCAACUCCCCAGUUGAAAGAGACAUCUAGUUAAAGGCACACUGAAAAAACAUUGAUACUCUUGUGUAGUUUCCAAAAAUUGUGUCUCUUAUUCAGUAAGAUUAUUAUUCAGCCACCAAAAUAUGUUUUAUUCCAGACUUGUGCAUGUUAAGUUUCCUCUCAGGGUGUGAGAAACCUCCGGGUGGAUUCAGUAUACGGAUUUUAGCAAAGAGAAUUUGGCCGAUAAUGCCCAAGAAGUUCCCUCCCAUUGAAUUUUAAACGGUUUUUCAAGUUAUGUUUGUAUGUGGUGAGUUUUUUUUUAAAUAUUGUUUGUAUUUUACAGAUUUGGAAUAACUUUUUGGUGACCCACCUGAAGGUUGAUGCAUAGUGUAAGGAUUCCACUAAAAGGUGGUUGGGACCAUUAAGAGCUGUACCUGGCUGCUGACACCAGGUUAAAAAAGAUAUCAGAGUAGGAAGCAGCAAAUAGGUCAACCAAAAAAUUAGACUGUACAUUCCUGGGAGCCCUUGUGUUUAUUUAUGUACAUGUAUAUUAGCCGUGAUUAUGUGUGCGUCCUGGGGGAGAUGGUGUCAUUCCCUGCUUUGGUUCCGGAGCAUAUACCAUUAGCUUCACCUGAGCUCCAACUGCCUAAGUCUCCUGUACCAUGUCUUAGACUUUGCAUGUCCCGUAAAUUGCUACAGUCCUGAGCUCUGGUGUGCUACCAGUUUUUACACACUCUCUAUUCCCUAUUAAAUAAAACCUCAUGGCUUUCUUUUUCUCCUUAUAUUCCAUAUUCAGAAAAAGAACAAAAUGUGAAAACUCAUACUGGUACAUAUAAGUACUGAUUUUCAUUAUUAUAAUUUGAAGAAUAUUUGUUUUAGUCUGGUCUACCUAGCUAUGGCUUCAGGAAGGAGAGUACCACAUGUCCCCAUAUAUAAGAAACCUCAGGAUAUUCUGAGCUAGCUUAUCUACAUUUUUAUUAGGUUUUUUUUUUCCUGUACAUUUCCAACACCACUUCUUACCUAUUCAGUUUUUAAAAAUGACAUCACCAUACUGCUUUACAUUUUUAAAAGAAUGUUAUAAGGCCUAGAACUCAUUUGGAGCAGAUAUCAUAAUUUUGCUGAUAAGAAAUUUACUGGCAAAAUCUCAGUGUGCCACAUACCAUGUUUAGGAGUCUUUCAUGUCAUAGAAUCAUACAACAACGGUUCUGUGUUAUCCCUAAUGUGACCAGGGCAUUCCUGUACUCAAAGCUAAUGGUUAGGAUGGCAGGCUCCUUUUACUGAUCAGACCUCUGGGAUUUCAGAAUUAACUCUCAUUGCCACUAUCAAGAUACAUUACAGAUUAUACAAAAACAAAACUGUAUCUCAUUUCAUCUGAAAACUAAUAAAAGAAAAAGAUAUUAGUGACCCAUAGAGAUAAAUAGAUAAUACGAGUAGUUAACCAGUAGUAAAAGAUGGUGUUUUUAGCCUUAGCUGAUUAGGAUGCCUUCUCUAGCACUUACAUGCUUUAUAUCAUUUUUACCUCUCUGAGAAAUGCAAGAAGUAAACAACGUGAUCCUUGAGAGCGUUAGGAGGAGAAAGGAAGCGAGAUGGGUAAGAGCCUCUGGAAAGGUAAAUCAUUUACCAGGAUUCGCGUCACUUCUAAAGGGCAUGGUUGGGAAUGGAAUCGAAGAUUUCUUAAACACUCUUUUCUCCAUAACCUCUUUUCCUACUAAAAAGGAGGUGAAUUUGAAGGCAUAGCUAUGUAACAGUGAGUCAGAAAAGCAGGGGGAAAGUAAGCACCACAAAAGUUGCUUCCAGUGCUUAAUUUUCAGGUUUCUUCUUUGUUCUAGAUAGCAAAUCGCCAAUAAAUGGUACAGAGAACAGAAUUUCAUUUAAGAUAGGUGUUCAUCACUCAAAUAGUUCUUAAGAAUCUGACAGUAAGUAUUAACACACAGAACUGUAUUGAGGCAGGUCACAGGAAAAAUUACAAGUAGUUUAACAUUAAGAAAUGAAUAUUAUUUGCUCACGGCUGUUCAG